UUUGGUUUGACUCCUUUACACUAGAUGUCGCUGUGAAAUUUCUAACCAACUUUUUCGAUAAACAACUUCCUGUUCCCAGACCGAGAUACAACGCGGCGACCACUUUUGUAAUUUGAUUUUGCCAGUUACUUUUCUUUUGUAGUUGCUUUGUUAUUUCAAACCCAAGAAUGAAAUACAGCUAAAGUAAUCCCCGUAAUGUUGAGCAUUUUGUUUGGUUGGGGGAUGCUUUUGCUGUUGGCAAACUCUUGAGUACUGUUUGCUAACGUUAGCUAGCCAGAGUAGCUAGCUAGGCUAUGUCAACGUGCUCUUGUGUAGGAAGGCAGCGCGAACUCCCAAUAUUUUGUCAAUGCAUCUUAUCCAUUUGAUUUACUGAUUAGGGACUUGGCUAUUGUUGGUCAGCAAAUUGCUAGGCCAGUAUCUUUGUGGUAAACAGUGGGACUAUACAUAAGGACCAGAGAUGUCCGACGAUGAAGAAGCUCCGCUGGUGAAGAAGACCAGGAUCUUCUAUGGCAGUUUGGAGGAGAAGGAGAGGGAGAGGCUGGGACGAGAGGCUUCUGGGUCAGGCAAAGAUUCUGUCAAAGCAGGAAUCGAGGCUGGCAACAUUAACAUCUCCAGUGGCGAGUCCCUUGAGCUUGAGGAACGUGUGACUGAACGCCAGUCUGAGGUAUUGGCUGACUUUGAACGCAGAAAGAGAGCGAGACAAAUCACAGUAUCCACAGACGAUGCAGAGGUCAAAGCCUGCUUACGGGCCCUCAGGGAACCAAUCACACUGUUUGGGGAGGGGCCUGCUGAGAGACGAGAGAGGCUAAGGAAUAUCCUCUCUGUAGUGGGUCCAGAUGCAUUGAAGAAAUCGAAGAAGGACGAUGACAAAUCCAAACGCUCCCAAGAGGAGUGUCAGCAGACAUGGUACCAUGAAGGGCCGACCACUCUUAAGGAGGCAAGGCUUUGGUUGGCCAGAUACUCUCUGCCCAGGGCUGUGAAAAGGUUAGAAGAUGCCAGAGCUCACAGGGAGAUCCCAGAAUCUACACGGACAGUCAGGACGCAAGAACUUCACAAGACGCUCAGGAACCUGAAUAACUUCUGCAGUCAGAUCGGUGACGACAGGCCUAUAUCCUUUUGCCAGUUCAGCCCCAACUCCAAAAUGCUGGUGACUGCAUCUUGGAGUGGCCUGUGUAAACUGUGGAAUGUUCCUGACUGUACCCUUGUCCGUACCCUUCGAGGCCACAAUACCCACGUGGGGGCCAUCUGUUUUCAUCCUCAGGCCACUCUGACUCUGGAGGACUCUGAUGUUAACAUGGCCUCCUGUGCUGCCGACGGCUCCGUCAAACUCUGGAGUCUGGACAGCGACGUGCCUGUCGCUGACAUCGAGGGCCACUCCAUGAGGGUGGCGAGAGUAGCCUGGCAUCCCUCUGGAAGGUUCCUGGGCACCACCUGCUAUGAUAAUUCGUGGAGGCUGUGGGACCUGGAAGCACAGGAGGAGAUCCUGCACCAAGAGGGACACAGUAAAGGAGUCCAUGACAUGCAAUUCCACCCUGAUGGAUCUCUGGCAGCUACUGGGGGUCUGGAUUCAUUUGGCCGUAUUUGGGACCUUCGGACCGGGCGCUGUGUGAUGUUCCUGGAGGGCCACCUCAAAGAGAUCUACAGCAUCGACUUCUCUCCCAACGGCUACCACGCAGCAACAGGAAGUGGGGAUAACACCUGUAAGGUGUGGGACCUGCGUCGCAGGAAGUGCAUCUACACCAUCCCCUCCCAUCAGAACCUGGUGUCCUCUGUCAAAUUCCAGCCCAAUAAUGGUCACUUCCUCCUGACUGGGGCCUAUGACAACACAGCCAAGGUGUGGACCCACCCGGGCUGGUCCCCCCUGAAGACGCUGGCGGGUCACGAGGGAAAGGUGAUGGGCGUGGACAUGUCCCCUGACGGACAGCUCAUCGCCACCUGCUCUUACGACCGCACCUUCAAGCUCUGGAUGUCAGAAUGAGGAGGGGAGGGAGGACAACCCGUAGAAAUAGAAUGACAUUCUAUGUUACAUUCUAUUUCUAUGGCAAUACCUGACUGUCAUUCCAUUCAAGUAGAAGAAUGUGGAACCAAGAUCUGCAAAAUGUUAACUUCUCGAUUGAUGGAUUAAUCUGAACAUCCUAAAUAUUCGGAAUUUGUCUUAUUGACACUUAGUAGAUUGUUUGAUUUAUUAUUGAACAACGUUUGAGGCUAUUAAUGUCUACAACUUUGAAGCUGUGGGUAUACUUUGUCCUUUCUCCCAGAUAUUUUUGUCUGUUAAUAACAUUGUUUUAGGUGAUUUUAAACGAGUCAUUUGGGGUCAGAAGUUGAUCCAAUUGCUUUUUUUUGUUUUUGAAAUAAAAACAAACUCCAUAA